AUGAACAACAACAACGGCAACAAUUUUGGCCGUGGCUUUGCCAGAGGCCGUGGUCGUCGCGGAGGUCGUGGUGGACGUGGUGGCCGUGGUGGCCGUGGUGGUCGCGGCCGCCGUAGAGGCCGUGGUGGGCCGCCGCCACCUCCCGUAGACAUGGAGGACGACUUUGAAAUUGAGGCUGACUAUGACGGGGUCAUUUCUACGGAUGACGAGAACGAAUCGGAUGAUGAGGCCCGAGCUGGUGUGGCGGAGAGGUUUGUAGCACCCGCAUUGACGGCUGGCAUCACCGAAGCAUACAUUCAGCUGGUCAUGGCAGUGCCCAUGAUUACUGAAAAGGCGCUCUGGGAGAAGAUAUUCCAGUUUGUUGGGACCACUGAUCAGACUGCCAGUUCCAACAGAUUCUACUGGGGUCGUUAUCGCGACAGAUAUGUGUACAUGUCACUGACUGUCCAACAAAAUCAUCCAUUCUUCCAGCCGCAUGAGAUUCAAGUGAAUGUGUCAUCCAGAGAUCAUUGGGGCCCGGGGGAUGAUGACCAAGAGGUUGUCAGAAGUGGCCACGCCAGUGCCGUUUAUCUUGUCCUCGGUCACCAUGAGCGUGUUUUCGUCGGAACGAAUGAAUCUCACUACCAGGAAAACGUUAAAUGGAGAAAUGCCCAUGGAAGCAAGGUCGUCUCGAACAUUACAGGAGGCCAUGACUGGGAGGAGACGGAGCGCACCUUCGAUGAACACUCUUAUAUUGUUGGAGCCAUGAGACAACAUCUACAGACCAAUCCCCAGGAGACUGUUGGCAUUUACACUAUUUCUAAUCAUCAAUGCUGGAGGUGCAAAGUGCGAAAUGGAGCCCUUGUGGUCAAAUGGGCGCCAAUCGUAGAGGAGAUUUGGAAUGAGGUCCAAAGGCGACAGGCCCAACCAUCCAAAGGCAAGGACCGGGGCAUUGACAGUCCAACAAAAAAACCAAGAAAACGUUUUUAAAAAACAGAAGAAAGAGAAACUUUAGGAAGAAUGAAUACCUUACGUGAUGCAUGUUCAAAGCCUGCCCCAAGCCUGCAAGUGGCUAACUAGCUAACUAGCAAUAAAAGAACUCCCGUUAUCAAGUU